AUGGCAAAUCACAAUUAUGCUGCAGAUUUUCUUACAAAUCCUGGAAACCUGUAUUAUCUUCAUCCCAGUGCAAAUCCUGCAUUAGUGCUCGUACCUUCAUCAUUGACUGGAAACAAUUAUCAUACAUGGGCAAGAGGAAUGUCCAUGGCAUUGCGCUCAAAGAAUAAGUUGGGCUUUGUUGAUAGAAGCAUAGUGAUUCCAGAAGAAAAUGAUCCCCUUUUUCCAGCAUGGCAAAGAUACUUGCAAGAAGACAUUUAUCGUCUUCAGCAAGGAGAAAAACCAGUUACAGAAUUUUUUACUCAAAUAAAAACUAUGUGGGAUGAGCUUGAGAGUUUGAAACCUCUUCCAACUUGCACUUGUGGAGCUGUACAACAAGUGAAAACUGAUUGUGAACGUGAUCUUGUUAUACGUUUCUUGAAGGGAUUAAAUGACCAAUAUGCAGGUGUUCGGUCAAACAUUAUGAUGCUUGAUCCAUUUCCUGAUAUUGAUAAGGCCUUUUCUUUAGUUGUACAACAAGAAAGGCAAUUCAAUACAGGAGUAUCAUUUGAAAAUGCAUCUACUGUUCGAGCCUUCAAUAAUUUUUCAAACCAAUCCAAUUAUCGAAGUUCUUUAAACAGAGGCAGAGGACAAUUCAAUGGAGGUAGAGGUUCAGGAAGAGGAAUCAGAUCACAAAAGAUUUGUACUCAUUGUGGAAAAAGCAACCACACUAUUGAAACAUGUUACCAAUUACAUGGCUUCCCUCAUGGUUACAAGAGCAAAGGGCAAGCCAAUCACAUAUCACAUGAAUCUGUUCAUGAAUUUGAUGAUGAGUUUGAAGCAAAUAAUAGUGUGCACCAUCAUGAUGAACCACAACAGAUGGAUCUUGCAUUGAUACAAGAACAGUAUCAAAAGAUUCUUGGUCUUCUUCAGCAGAAUGGUAAGAGCACAAAUGACAUAGCUACAUCUUCCAAUAAUUUUGUUAAAGCAUCCUCUGUGGCCAACAUAGACUCUUCGAACAAGCAAAUAAACCCAACAGAAUAUUACCAAGAUGAUGAUUGGUACAGCUAA